AAAGCCCUCCCCACCCGGUUGGAGUGUCCUCAAUUUGCCUUCCGGAUGACGUCAGUAAGGUGACAUGGGCGCUCUCCACGCAUGAGCGCGGCAUGGCGAAUAAUUUGGGGUGCGUGGACUUUCAAUGCAUUCAGAAAUUGGCCCCGUGCAUGUUCCCCGGUGCGCAACAUGGCAUUCCUCCUCGUGCAGCGGCUCGGCUCGGGCUUCUCCGCAAAGGGCUCUCUCUGCGCAGCAAGUGAGUGACAGAGAUGAGGGGUGGGGACGCAGGGUGGGGUCACAAGCAGGGAGAGGCGGAGGAGGAACAGGCAGAGAGAGAGAGCCCAGCCCUUCAAUGCUCGGCAGCGAACGGCAAGAACCAGAGGCGCAACGUUUGGCUGAUUUAUUCCAUUUUUUUAAUAUUUAUUUUUUUGGGGAAGGGGUUACAAAGACAACGACGCUGCGGACAUGAACUGAACAGAAGAGGCAAGCACCACCGUGCUGCAAUCUCCCGAAUAUCCACAGCACACCGCCCCCUUCCUCCUCCUUGUCCUCUCCCAUAAGCCCUCCUUUCUCCUCUUACCCCACAUUACAGCGAUACACACCCAACACCCCCCCUCCUCCGCCCCCUGCCCCUCCACACGGAGAUGCACACGGAGAGCCGACACAAGAAAAGGAGGAGCGGUGCCCAAAAGAAGAAGAAGAAGCCGUCGGUCACCGCCCUGACGCAGGAGGCCACGCCGCCCUCGCCGGCCAAGGAGGAAGAAGAGGAGGAAGAGGAAGAGGAGGCGCCAGACAUGCCCUCAGUCCAGAUCAAAGCUGAGCCAGAGGAGAUGGAGUGCACGGCCGACGUCGGUGACGAGCGUUCCCACCAAACCAACCCCGACGCGUGGAGCUGCAAGGCCGAGCCGCGCUCGCCGAGCCAGUGCCCGGCCGAGGACCAGACGGAACCGGUGGACCUGUCUCUCCACAAGCCUCGUUCGUCCUCGCUGCCCCCCGCCGCCACCGUCAACGUGCCCGUCAACCCCGCGCCGGGAAGCGGCCUGGCGCAGCCCGGACUCACGGCCACGCCCGUCACCUCCAACGUCCAGUCCAUCGGAUCCAUGGUUCUAUCGCCGGGCUCCAUUUUGGCCACGCAGGGGGCGGGCGGCCAGCAGAUCUUGCACGUCAUCCACACAAUCCCGUCGGUCAGCAUGCCCAGCAAGGUGGGGCAGCUGCAGACCAUCCCCGUGGUGGUGCAGUCCUUACCUGUGGUCUACACCGCCGUGCCCGCCGACGGCGUCGCCGCCGCCACCGCAGCCAUCACCGUGCCGCUCAUCGGCAGCGACGGACGCUCGGAAGGCUCCGUGCGCAUUAAGCCCGGUUCAACCUCUCCGGUGGAAUAUCACAGCGACAGCGACGCCGAGAGCGGGACCGAAUCUGGAUCGGCGUCACUCAGCGCCCAGAGCCUCGACGCAGGGUCGGUGUUGGACUUGGAGCCUGCGGACCCCGACUCCCCGGACGUGAAGAGGCGGCGGAUCCAUAUGUGCGACUACGAAGGCUGCAAAAAAGUCUACACCAAGAGCUCGCACCUCAAAGCUCACCGACGGAUACACACAGGCGAGAAGCCGUACCAUUGCACCUGGGAGGGCUGCACCUGGCGUUUCGCCCGCUCCGACGAGCUGACUCGGCACUUCCGCAAGCACACGGGCAUCAAGCCCUUCCGCUGCACCGAGUGCGACCGCUCCUUCUCGCGCUCCGACCACCUGUCCCUGCACCGCCGCCGCCACGUCAUGAUGUGAACUCUUUUUCGGCUAUUUGGGCGUCAUUUCCCUUUUUUUGCCGACAAAACAAACUGCGCAACUACAGUUCAGCGGCUCAUCUUCUGCAGGUACACCAGGCAUUCGUGGAGGUUGGCGAUUUUUCACCCCGCUCAUCCGUCCGUCCUUGUAUCCAGACAUAUUUUUUUUUUUUUUUGGCGUUACAUUGGGAUUUCUCCUCCUUGCUCGCUUGGGAUGCAGCGUUUCAUUUGAAAGACUUCCGGACAUUUCUCUUGGAUUUUCUUUUGUGGUAGGGAAUGCACAGUCCUUGAAAAUGCAUUUCUGGCCGCAGCACAGGUGAUGAAAGAGGCGUUUCCUUCUUGGGGUGCGGCAUUUAAUUUUUAGGAUCCAAGUAGACGCCUGGACAAGCCGACUUGUCUUUCCGCCAUUUUUUUUUUUUUCAUAACAAGACCGCCCAACUUAUUUAAUGCGUUUAUCAAGCUGUCUCGCGGCAGCGCAGGAGACAUUUUUUUUUCAGCGUGGUUUGCGGCAUUUCAUUUUUUGGGGUAAAAUUUGACGUCCGGACGACCAGGUGUAUGGUUUUUAUUGCUGUUGGACCGUCUGACCCUCCGAAUGGAUUUGUCAAGCUGUUUCGAUGCAGCACAGGAGAGACAAUGAUUUCAUCCUCGGGAUGCGGUGUUGGAAUUUUUCGAUCUUCAAAGUUGACAAGCACAGAUGAGCACAUUUUAUCGAUUUUCCUGAAACGGAUCCGGUGGGACUUCCCAGUCCCGUUUGCAAAUUUGGUGUCAGGCUGCUUCACUGCGCUCCAUCUUAUGGAAGACAUUCGUGGCAUUCUCAUGGCGCGGCAUUUACUUUUAGAUGUCCGGAGAAUUACAUUUCUUCAUUUUCUAGUGGCUUUUUUUUUUUUUUUUUUGUAAUCCGACUUCCUAAGCGUGUUCAUUUAUUUGUCAAGCUGUUUCACUGCAGCGCAAGCGACACGACGCGUUUUUCAUCCAUGGGGCGUGGCGUUUGAAUUUUUACGAUCAAAAAUAGACUUCCAGACAACUGCAUUUCUCAUGGAUGUCAUUCCAUUUUCCAUUACAAUCCCAACUCGCAACCCUGUGAGUUUAUUUCCUGCAUUUGAGUCUGCCGAGCUUUUUUUUUUUUUUUUUUUCCUCGGGUGCGGCGUUUAAUUAUGCCAUCUGAAAGCAGAUGUCAGGACCCCCGCCCCUCCCUAAAAAAAUCCCCUUUAUCUAUUCGGCACACUAUGAAAACUGUGAACUUUUCAAACAAUUUUCACAUCGCCUACUUUUUGCAUAUCCUCCCGCGCACACUUAAUUAUCAUAAAAAAAACAAAAACAGUAUUUGAGUGUUAUUUCUCUCUCCCUUGUGACAGAAUUGGCUCUUUUUUAAAAAUCUUUUUAGUCGAUUUUUGGCCGUCUUUUAAACGCUGUGAAUUAGUGGUCGGCGGAGAAGUGAAAAUUCUCUCAGAGGGAAAUUUGGGAGCUUUUUUCGCGCUUUGCCAAACGGUCAUGCAUGUUUUUUUUUUUUUCCCCGUGUGUUCGUGCGCGUUUUUGUUUUGCGACAAACACGUUUUGGUUUGUGGUUUUUUUUUUCCUAUUUAACGAGCGUCUUUUUCGGGCAUUCGGACCUCCUGCCCGUUGAGCCUUAAGAACCGAAGUUGACCGAUUAUCGAAUAAAACAUCGUCAGAGAUUCUCUUUAUUGCGAGAUUUUGAGUAAAGUACAAUCAAGUGGGCUGCGAUGUUUCUCAUGCUUCCUUUGAAGAAAUUUUCGCACCUUUCGUCGUUAAAAUAAAUAUAUAGUAAUAAUAAUUCUCCUGUCUGGGGUUUCUCAAACACAGCACAAGCCUCCGCUGACCGAAUAAAACGUCCUCCGAGAUGCUCUUGGAGGUGGCAACAUUUUUUCGGAAAGUAAAAACAGCUUGUGCUGCAUUUAAAAAAAAUGGGAAAUUUCCAAUCUGCGAUCAAAAAAUUUUUGAAAUUUCCCACUUUUGUUGAACGCAGCUUCAGCAAAAAAAAAAAAAAAACACCUCAGACACUCCAGACUUCUGUCUUAACAUGAAAAAAUAUUCAAUUUUUUUUCCCCCCUGAAGGUACUCCAAAACACGUGAACAAAACAUUACAUGCAUUUCGAGUACCGUUCUUACCGACUUUGACGAAAACAAAACAAAACAAAAAAAACGAUCCGAACCAAUUCUCGUUCGGAGGGAUUUUUGUUGGCAUAUUUUUUUUUUUUUUUUUUUUGCUUGAUCUGACGACCACAGAAACAUUGAAAAAGCACAUCUUUGUAGAAGAAUUUAUGCAUUAUUUUGUAAACAUUACGGAUAAUGACAACAACAAAAGAAAUAAUAGUUACAAAAAUAGAAAUCCAUGUACAUAAAUGUAUAUAAUCAAAAAGUAAACGUAACGGGUGAAGUUCUAUUUUUAACACUGACUAGAUAAUGUGAACCGCCUCCCUCCCUCUUCUUCUACUUUGUUGGUUUUCUUCUUUUGACACCUUUUUUUGCUUGUAGUUUCUUACAAAUGAUAAAAAAAUAAUAAGAAGAAUACUAUUGGUCCCACUUGUGUUGUGCAUACUUGCGUUGCAUGGAGAGUCGGUCUCUUGUUUUGCGAUAGUGACCUUGGUGAGCAUGUCACUGUGCGCACUAGUGUGUGUGUGUGUGUGCGUGUGAACUUGUGUGACUUUUUGUAGGGGGGAAAAAAUUAGUCAAUUAUAGAAAUAAGAGUUUGUUAUGAUCCAUUCCGCACAAAACCUUUAAGAAAAAAAAAGUUGCGUGUUGGUACCGAUGUUUGUUAUAGCGACAACAAGCCAGUGGUUAUUACUUCGACAAUUUUGUGUACCAAAUUAUUUUCGAUUUGUUUUCUCCCAUUUUUCAAAAACAAGGAAAAAAACAAAUUUUAACAAUUGACUACAUGGGUGCUACAUGCUAACAUGUUAGCAUCUAGCCAACAUUUGUCAUUUUCUGAGUUACACAAGUUUCCACAAUGCUACAUGCUAAGAUGUUAUCAUUCAUCUGUGAAUUAGCCUGGCUUUAUUAUUUUUUUUCCUCAGUUUGUGUUAUAGCGAGGUAACGCUAAUAGUCAGCAUUUUGACUAUUUGGGUUAUGCAUGUAAUGGAACAGAAACACCAUUGAAGAACUGCCUAACUAGUGGGGGCGUUACGUGCCAACAUGCUAGCAUAAAGCCACACUUGAGCCACGAGGGUUUAAUACAAAGAUUUUUUUCGUAAAAUGAUUUAUUGCGUUCACAUAACGCUACAUGUGUUUCAAUGAAUCAACACGAGCUUUUAGAAUUUUGACAAUUUCAUGGACCAACAUUGCAUCGAUUUUAUGACUUUUUUUUUUUUUACAUGAAACAAAAACACAUUACGACCGUUAUGACUCAUGAGCAUGGUUGCUAAGCGCUAAAACGGUAGCAUUCAGCCACAAGUGACAAAAUGAUUCAUUGCGUUGCGUUCAACUGAUGUGUUAGGCUAACAGCUAGCACGGUACAUCAAUAGCGCAACAUAAAUCACAUUUUUCACAAAACAAAAUAAUUUUAAGUAUUGGCUACGUGUGUGCUCCCCGCUAGCAGCAUAAUUUCUAUUUAAAAUUC